CCCGACCCACACCACAGUCUCUUCGUCUCGCUCACGGGGCUCUCCAACCAAUUUCGUGGGGGCGCACGCGAAGGGUUCGGGUAUGGAGGCGGCCGCCGACGAGGAGCAGGAGGGGCUGUCCGCGCAGUCGCCGGCGCAGGCGCCACCUUCAUCAGCGUCCUCCCUUCCAAAGGAGCAGUCGCAGGUGGAGCUGGAGCUGAGGCUGCUCCAGGCUCUCGAGUUCUACCCUCCCUCCAAACUGAAAGGGAUCCAUCGCCACUUCAUUCUCUACGGCCUCAUGGAAUACUUGAGAAAAAGCCUUGACAGACAAUUCUCCGCGGAUGAAGUUCUGCAACUGCUUGACCGCUUCUUCAACCUAGAAAUGCUGAAACCAGAUGACGAGGAGAAGGAUAACUUUGGUCAGGCGGAGGAAUUCGCCUUGCCAGACAAUUUUUUCAAGAAGGAAGAAUGACGUGCAAGUUAGCUGUUUCUUUGUGUUCUUUUCCCCCUGUAGUCUUUGCCCCAGAAGCCUGGAACAGAACACAUAUAUAUGCUGAAGAGCUGUGUUGGUUGCUGGCUGGUGUUCACUGACUUGACCUGUGCUGUUGUACAGCUUCUGUUGUGCUCGGAUACCCGAUGAACUGUUAUAAGUCCGCUCAUUUAGGUUCAGAAUCACGUGUUUCGCUUUGAU